AUGGGUGCUGGGACCGCUUCGGCGACCCCCAAGUCAACUGGCGGCCCCGAAGCAUCCCCGGGAAGUGUGCGCCGCAGCACCCUCUAUGCCGUGCUCAACGUCUCUCACACCGCGACGUUAGAGGAGAUUACGGCAGCUUACCGCAAGCUCGCCCUCGUGUACCACCCUGACCGCCCAAACGGCUUGCAGUGGAAGUUCCAAGAGAUUCAGCGCGCCUACGAGGUUCUCAGUCAGAAGGAUGCGCGUGCCAAGUACGACAUCCUGCUGAGAGGAAAACUCGCCGUGAAGAACUUUAAGCGUCCGCCCCCGCUAGAGUCGGUGCUGCAGCCUGUCUACGCUCUGCUUGCCGACGGCGCCUUCUACGAGUUCGAGGCGGCGUCCAGCAAGCUCAAGUGCAGCUUCCACUACGGCGACGGCAUUCAGUUCAACGGCGACUGCGGCAGCUUCAUCGGUCUCGCCGGCGACGGCUUCAUCUAUUGGACCAUCAGCGGGCGCGGGUUUGCUUCGCGGCUGUGCAAGGCUGGCAGUACCUUUGCCCUCUCGAGUGUUCGCGUCAUGUAUCGUAGCAACAUGGGGCUGGCCAAGAUGCCGCUAAAGCGCUCGUCUUUGCACUCUUCCCAUACCUGUCGCCCCGCCGGCUCUUCUGGCGACAAGCGGGCCGUGAGAGGCAGCACCGGCGAUGCUGGGUGCUCGGAGAGAGCGAAGAGCACCACCGGUGCGCGCGCUGCCAAAAUGUCCGAGGCGGAUCGCAUCAAGAAGGCGCUCCUGAACAAGGAACGAAGCCGCAAUUUGAAGAGGCGGAUGGAAACGCUUAAGGAGGAGGAGAUAGAGGCGCGCAACUCUCUCCAACAGGAUCUGUGGGGGCAGUUCAGCUCGCUGCACACGACGGCAGAGGUGGCGUUUCGGUGUACGCUGCAAGGCGUCGCUGUGCCGGUAGAGAUGGCGCUUUGGAUGGGCUAUAAGUCUCCAGAGGAGGUGAUGCUCCGCUCAUCGGGCGCAUGCAGCUCGCUAUUUAUCGCCGAGCAGGUGUCGCUGCAGACCUCCUCGUUGUGGGUAGACCCGCUGCAGAGCGACUACUUCAACGACGACGAAAUGCUGCGGGAAGGCUGCGACGGCAACAAGGAAGACAGAAAACAUUGCACUAGCAACGGCAGAGACGUCACCGCGCGUCACAAGCCUGAUAGCGCCGACAGCUCGCCUUGCUCUUCGCAGUCCAGUCCAGCUUCCGACGGCGCGCCAGAUGGUGACGCCUGCCGCGGGCGUUCGGCAACGGCAUCGGGGACGCACUCACCGAUUCUGCAUCGCCUCAACAACGGUGCGACUGCCGUCACUGGAGCUUCUGAUGGGGCGGAAGUGGCAAAAAAAGAGUAG